AUGGCAGAGGAGACUUCAUCAGGAAGGCCCUCGCCCUUGAUCAGGGCGCCUAGCCAACAUCUCGGGCCUGAGUACAGAUCAAAUGAGGAGAAACCGACGGCCACGGUCUCCACAGCACCCAAGAUCAGCAACUUGCACAUUCUGCCUCAGACGCCGCAGCUCAUUGCUCUUCUCACGUAUAAACAGCCCACUUCUUGGCAAAGAGAUACUGUACUAAGACAUACAUAGCAUGCUCCGAGAUAAGAAAACCCAAAGAGCCGACUUCAUCUUCCACAGCAAUCGCAUCAGCCGGUUACUGGUCGAGGAAGCGUUGAAUCACCUGCCGGUCCUGCCGCACUCAGUCACAACUCCAGUCGGCCGAGAGUACUCUGGUGUCAAGUUUGAAGGCAAGAUCUGCGGAGUCUCGAUCAUGCGUGCAGGAGAGGCGAUGGAGCAGGCUCUGCGGGAGUGCUGUCGAAGUGUAAGAAUCGGCAAGAUCCUCAUCCAACGCGACGAGGAGACGAGUCAGCCGAGACUUUUCUACGACAAGCUGCCAGAAGAUAUCAGGGAUCGAUGGGUGUUGCUGCUUGAUCCUAUGCUCGCGACCGGAGGCUCGGCGUUGAUGGCAGUAGACGUACUACUUUCCAAGGGUGUACCUGAGGAGCGGAUUCUUUUCCUGAACCUCAUCGCAUCCCCGGAAGGCACCAAGAACUUCGCGGACAAGUUUCCGAAACUACGUAUCGUGACCGCAUUUGUGGACCAAGGCCUCAACGAGAAGAAGUGAGUUGCCAUGUCUGACUAUCGAUCGGGCACCCAUGUUGACAGGGCGAACAGUUACAUUGUGCCUGGCCUUGGUGACUUCGGUGACAGGUUCUUCACCCUGUAA